UCAAUAAUUAAAUCAUAAUGACGGGAUUUGAUUUAAUGCUUAUGGGCAUUUGUAUUAUUUCUAAUACGACGAAUUGUGAUCGAAAUCGUUCGCUUCUCAUUGAUGAAAAACGAUAUGAUUGGGAAAAUGAUAUGAAAGUAGUUGAUUUAUCAACUGCUACACAAAAGCCUAAAUCCAAAGAUGAAAAUUCGUUACCGGAAGUUAUGAAAAUUACGACACUUGAUAUGUCACCGUAUUCAUCAAUUUAUAAAUUGAAUGGAAAAACAAUGGGCAAUGUAACGUCUUACGCAUUUUAUAUAUUUGAUUUGAUAAGUAAAAAAUUAAAUAUUACAUAUGAAAUUGUAAUGCCAGAUCAAAAAAUAUUUGGAGACCACAAAAAGGGUGUCAUUGGUUUGUUGCAUGAAAAGAAAGUCGACAUGGCAGUUGCAUUUUUACCAAUAAAUCCUCAUAUGUAUCCUUAUGUAUCGUACAGUCCAAUGUUAACACAAAUUGAAUUGAAAGCCAUGAUGAAAAGACCAGAUAAUUCAGCACUUGGAACUAGUUUACUUGCACCAUUUACAAAAGAAGUUUGGAUAUUAAUUGUCAUUGUUUUCAUAAUUAGUGUUCCAAUUUCUUUUUGCAUAAUAUUUUUGAGAUCAUACUUAUGGAAACAUUCAAAAACUGAAAAUUAUACAUUUUUACAAUUUGUAUGGUUUAUUUAUAGUGCUACAUUAAAACAAGGCUCAACAAGAAUUCCAAAAACAGGUCAUUUAAAAAUUAGAAAUUAA